GCUCGCGCCAGCUUGUACAACGACGUGCAAGGACCUGAGAUAUUGAUUUCGCGAUAUAAGAGUUUGAUCAGGAGAAGAGAAAGGAUAAACGUCCGAGAAUAGAGGGCACAAUUGCGACAGCGCGCCUGGUCUGAAGCUCACUCACCACACGGCUAACCGACACAACCACCAACCAAGGAAGUUACCAGGAACGAUAGACACAAUGGCGCGCGGAGGACACUCAGGGACAAUCGUCGGCUCGGCGAUAGUAGUGCGCGAGAAGUACUACUGGCCCGACCUACAACUGAACAUCUGGACGAUUGUCAUGCUGGCAACAGCAGGAACGAUACUAGGCGUCAACGCGCAGUUUAUGCAGAUACAAGAUCGCAUGGACCUUGGGAUACCAUGGAUCAUGCCCUACGGCGUGACAGUCGGCGCACUAGCCAUCAUCUUCAUCAUCAUCGAAGUCGUCUACAUUGCGCAGCGCAAACUGCUCCCGGGCAUGAUGUUGCUGCUCUCCUUCAUCCUGCUCGUCCUGUUCCUCGCGGGCAUCAUCGGGACGGCGAUACAGCUGUUCGGCGCCCCGAAGAUCAACGACAUGUGCAAUACGUAUGUGUUUUCGGCGAAUAGCAAUGGGCCGAGUUAUAAUACGCUGGCGUACUUGCAGCAGAAGAAUAUCUGUCAAUGCUGGCAAGCUGUCUUUGCGUUUUGGGUUGUAGGGACCGUCUUCCUCGUCUGGAUGAUGAUCAUGGCGAGCCAGGUCAAUUCAAAUCAGUACCAUGACUGAGUGAUUAGCGACACUUUCGCUUUCGUUACUUGGCCGUUCCCUAAUUUUUUUUUCCUCAGGGGAAACCUUGCUCACCAUUCAUGUAUAUUUCUUUCGCGUGGGAUUAUGUAUACACGAAGUGG